UCGGGGUGUACGCCCCCAAUAUUUGCAUAUGCCAGCCCACGUUUCCAAUAGGGAUGUAACGAUAUUGACGAUAUCGCGCUAUCGCGGUGGUAAACGUGUCUCGAUAUCGUCGUGGUUGGGUUACAAUAUUAAAAGGACAGGUGUCCGUCAAAAAGCAAGAGGAAUAAACAGUCCCACAGAACAAAUCAUUGUUAACUACAUAGACCAUGAUCCUUUGCGCUGCGUCGUCACAACAACCGUUGUUAAGCCAAUAGGAUUGCACGCUGCACGCUGUCCACACAAGCUCACAGCAAGCCAGCAUGGCCGACAGCGAUACUUGUAAGGAUGAAAACAACAAAACCGAAGAUGAGAUUGUGCCAGCCCCUGCAGCUUUUAAAUCAGAUGUCUGGAAACAUUUUGGUUUCGCCGUGUCAAAAAACGCAAAAGGAGAGAAGGUGGUGGACAGACAAUGGACUAAGUGCAAGCACUGCCACAGUAAACUGCGAUACAACGCAGGAAACACAAGCAACAUGGGAAGUCAUCUGAUAACCCAUCAUCCCGAAAAGUUUGCAGAUUCUCUCACAAAGAAAGUCCUGUCCGGUCAAAAAACCCUGAAGGAGGCAUUUUCAACAACUAUGCCACACAACAGCGCAAGGGCUCAAGAAAUCACGAGGUACAUCGCGGAAUACAUAGCGUGUGAUUUACGUCCCUUUUCUGCAGUAGAUGGCAAAGGAUUUAAAAGGUUAGUGGCCAAGCUUGAGCCGAAGCAUCAAAUGCCGUCGCGGGCUCAUUUUAGUCAAACUGUGUUCCCUGCUCUUUACCGUGAGACAAAAAACCGUGUCAUGUUGAACCUUAAACAGUCUGAGUGCAUUGCUAUUACCACUGAUGGGUGGACUUCCAGAGCGACUCACAGUUACAUCACUAUUACGGCACAUGUUUUGAUGAGUGAAUGGGAAAUGCAGAGUUACGUUUUACAAACUAGACAGCUUAGCGAAUCACACACUGGUGUAAACAUAGCCGAAGUCCUUAAAUCUGCAGUCAAAGAGUGGGGGCUGGACAAGAUUGGAACAAGGAUCGCUGUUGUUACUGACAACGCAAGCAACAUGCGAGUAGCAGUAAAGGAAGCCGAACUGUCCCCUCACAUACGGUGCUUUGCGCACACACUAAACCUGGCCUCCCAAGCAGGUUUAAAGGUCAACGCAGUGAGCCGCCUCCUCGGUAGAGUCAGACGUGUAGCUAGUUUUUUUCACCGCAGUUCUACAGCCACAGCCGUGCUGACCACCAAACAAAAACUACUCAAUCUCCCUGUACAUAAACUCAUUAUUGAUGUAGUGACAAGAUGGAAUAGCUCUCUGGACAUGGUGGAGCGCUACCUUGAACAGCAACAAGCUGUUGCUGCAGCCCUACUGAGUGAUGAACUGAGACACAAGUCACGUGAAAUUGACACUUUGGACACAUCUGACAUUGCAAAUGCAGAGGAUCUUGUGAAGAUUCUUUUAUCAAUAAAAAAGGCCACAACUGUUCUCUGUGAUGAGUUGCAACCAACAAUAUCUCUCAUUUCACCACUAAAACAAAUGAUUCAAGACAGCAUGGCCACAGAUAAUCACGACUCAAAUGCCAUUGCUCUGAUGAAGGUAGCCAUUCUGAAGGAUCUUACUGACAGAUACCAAGGAGAGGAUGAAAAGUUCAUGCAGGAGAGCAGUGCUUUGGAUCCACGCUUUCGGACCUUGCAACAUCUAGGCAGUGGAGAGAGAGAGGACGUCUUUGAAAGAAUAGCAUCACAGAUGCAACAACAGGACCAAGAUGUGCUGCCCAGGAGCCCACAUCCAGCAGAUCUGGACGACAGCAGCGCGAGCUUUGUGCCUCCUCUAAAGAAGCAUGCCCUUGAGGACCUCCUUGGCUCUUCUUUUAGCAGUAAUCAAGUCACAGGUGGAAUUCAGGCAGAAAUUGACUCUUACUGCAAAGAAGCAUUAGUUUCUCUGUCUGCUUGCCCUCUUAAGUGGUGGAGAGACAAUGCAGGGCGGUAUCCUAUUCUGUCUUCAUUAGCAAAGACCUACCUGUGUAUACCCGCUACCUCGGUGCCCAGUGAAAGGGUAUUUUCAACAGCAGGGGAUAUUGUAAAUGCCCAGAGGUCUCUUCUUCUCCCUUGCAAUGUAGAUCUUUUGAUCUUUCUAAAGAAAAACUUGAACAUUAGCUAAAGGAUAGUUCAGUGUUUUUCAGAAGGCUUUUUGCCAGACUGUUUAAGGAUUUUUUUUACUGUUUUUAUUUUCUUCUCCCUUGCAAUGUAGAUAUUUUGAUCUUUCUGAUGAAAAACGUGAAUAUAAGCUAAAUGAUAGGUCAGUGUUUUUUUAAAAGGCUUUUUGACUGACUAUUUUAUUUAAGUUUAAGUUAUGUUUCUAAAUACCAGUUUUAAAAGGCUGCUUUUACACUGUGUGCAGAAUUAUUAG